AUGGAUUCAACAUGGUGUGUCACAAUAUUAUAUAGAGAUUCAUCAUGUUCAUUAUUAUGGUAUCAUAACAAAAAUAAAAUUAAUCAGUUACCUACAAGUGAUGAACAGCUUUCAGCAACAACAAAAUCUCUAUUGUCAUUGCUGAAUUUAACUCAAGGACAGAAAAGCAGGCGGCAUUUCCCAAAAGGGGAAGAAAUUGAUAUGCAGAUAUUGAUGUCGGAAUGGGAAUUGGCUGAUGGCUGUCUUCCUAUUAUUCCACUUACUAGGAUAAAACAUGCUCAAGAUUUUUUGGAUUCGUUUCUUAUUCAGGUAAUGGAUAAAUUAGUUUGCAGUAUACAAAACACCAAUGAACUGGUCAAUGGAUUGUUAAAAGAUUAUUAUAGACAGAAAAAAGGUAUUGCUAUGGGACCAGUCAUCGGGCCAAAAUUAGCUGAUAUUUAUAUGAUUACAAUAGAUGAAAGAAUCUUGACAUUAACAGUUUCAUCUAAAGAUAUUGAAGAUUAUGCAAAUAGACUACAGGAAAAUUUAAAUUUUACAAAUGAAGAUGAACAACAACAAGAGCUGAAUUUCUUGGAUGUUGUUAUAAAGAGAGAGGAAACAAGGGUUUUAUUUCAGACUAAAAAGAAUGUAUUUAUCAUGGAAUUAAGGAAGAUUUUGAAUAGAACAACUUUACAAGAAAAUAUAGAUAUAGAAAUAAAACAACUUUUUAAAAAAUUUCUGUUAAAUGAUAACCCAAAGUAUAUUCUUUUUGCGAAUCAAAAAAAUAAGAUGUUAAAUGUGAUCAGCAUCGUAAAUAAUGAAGAUACAAAUAUGCAUAAAGAUCAAUUUAAGAUUGCAGGUGUUGUCUAUAGAAUGUCAUGUACCUGUCAAAAUCCAAAUUAUUACAUUGGAGAAACUGGAAGAAAGCUGGAGUUGAGGAUAAACACGAGGCAGCUAUCAGAUUUAGAAGGAUGGAAUCGGUGUGGUUCCUACAUUGUAAUGAAUUUGAUUGUAAUAUAAAUAAUAAAAAUACUAAAAUAUUAUAUAAAGUAGAAAAUUGUACUGAAAGAAAAAUUGUUGAACAUUUUUACAUCAUCGCGUAUGCAAAUGUAAUUAAUUUAAAUACCAGGAUGUACUUUGAUGCAUGCUGGGAAAAGUUGCUGGAUUUAAAA